UGCUCUGAAGAAAACGAACCAAUCGCAAGGGCGCUUUCAGCCAUUUAAAGCGCGUGGCGUCAUACAACCUCAUGAGUUUCAAAAGUUUGGAGAGCGUCCAGGGAUUCGUCAGUGUGCACUGUUUUCCUGAAGAGUAUUGUGAAACGUGGAUAUUAUGGCACACGGCUUUGAGAAUGACAUCCAGAGAAUCCUGAAGCUGGAUGUGCCCAUCAGAAACGCUUGCAAGAGAAAGGCCAGCUCCUCCAGCACAUUUGCCUUUAACGCCCUGACACCUGGCAAGCCUGCUAAUGCCUCCGUGGGUUUAUCAAAGACGCCAAACAAAACACCUGGUAAAAACAAGAGAGCGACACCUUCAAAGACGGGGGGAGACCGCUUCAUUCCCAUCAGAAACAACAAGCAAAUGGAUGUAGCAAGUUUCCUGAUCACAAAGGAGAACGAACCUAUGGACACAAACAAUGCAGAAAACCAGAAAGCAUGGUCUCUGUCAUUAAAUGGAUACAACAUUGAAGAAGCAAAGAUUUUGCACCUUGGAGGGAAGCCCCUAAAUGCUCCUGAAGGCUGCCAGAGCAGCUUAAACGUUAUCUACAGUCACUCUACAUCUCCUGCCCCAGUCAACAAGACAAGAUACAUUUCUUCAACUCCAUAUAGUAUCUUGGAUGCUCCUGAGCUUCGAAAUGAUUUCUAUUUAAACCUCUUUGACUGGAGCAGUCAAAAUGUUCUUGCUGUGGCGCUUCAGAACAGUGUUUACUUAUGGGACGCCACUGAAGGAGAGAUUACUUUACUCACUAAGUUGAAGCAUGAGGAGGAUUACAUCUGCUCACUGUCUUGGACUAAAGAGGGAAGCUACAUUGCUAUAGGAACAAGUGACGGUGAAGUUCAGCUGUGGGAUGUUGACAGUCAGAAGCAUUUACGCACUAUGAUUAGUCAUACAGCUAGAGUUGGCAGCCUAAGCUGGAAUGAUCACAUCCUUUCCAGUGGCUCAAGAUCAGGGCACAUCCACCAUCAUGAUGUGAGGGUUUCAGAACAUCACAUCUCCACACUUACAGGUCACUCGGAGGAGGUGUGUGGGCUGAAGUGGUCAACUGAUGGACGAUACUUAGCCAGUGGAGGCAAUGACAACCUGGUGUGUAUAUGGCCUCGUGUGCAGGAGGGGAGCUUUGGUAACAGCAGCCAAAUGGUGCACUGCUUGAGUGAUCAUCAAGGAGCUGUCAAGGCUUUGGCCUGGUGUCCAUGGCAGUCAUAUAUCCUUGCAUCUGGAGGAGGCACCAGUGACCGUCACAUCCGUACUUGGAAUGUCAACAGUGGCUCUUGCAUCAAUUCACUCAACACUCAGUCACAGAUCUCCUCACUUUUGUUUGCACCAAACCACAAAGAGCUUGUCUCAGCUCAUGGCUAUGCACACAACAAUGUCGUUAUCUGGAAGUACCCCACCUUCACCAAGGUUGCAGAGCUAAAUGGCCAUGAGGACAGAGUUCUCAGUCUGUCGCUGAGUCCAGACUACUCCACUGUUGCGACUAUCGCUGCGGAUGAGACAAUCCGUCUGUGGAAGUGCUUUGAGCUGGAUCCUUUGGAGAAGAAGGCCAAAGAGAAGAUGGCAAAAUCUAGUUGCAGUGUCAUGUAUCAAUCAAUCAGAUAAUUUGCUCUUAAAAUUUGAGUUUAUUUAUGAUCAGUGCUGAAUGAGCUAUGUGGCGUGUUUUAUCAACUGAACAAUAAAGAUUUCUACAGUG